AUGGCAACAAGGAUACCACUCUCCCUCGGGGGAGCUUCUCAGCGCCCAUCCCGCCUAUUCCUUACGGCCAACCGCCUCACCCUCACCCGAGCCUUCACAACCACCUCUCUCCUAGCCAAGUCCAAGAAGCUUCCUGCGCGGUCCGAGGCGUCCAGCCCGUCCGGCCCAAAAGCAGUCUCAGAAGUAACCUCCAAGCCAACCUUCGAACCAACUCCCUUCGAGCCAACACCAGAGGCAAAACAACCUCCGAAAUCAAAGUCAAACUCAAACUCAUACUCAAACUCAUACUCAAACUCCGAAGCUCAAGACCUCGGCACCAUCCUCCAACAACGCCGAUGGCCCCUCCUCUUCUCCGGCCUCACAGCCCUCAUAAUGGGCGCCUACAUCUCCAUGAUGAUCACCUCUCUCGCCCGCGGCCCGGAUGCUUGCUCGCACGUUGACCCCGCAACCGGCCAACUCCCCGUGACCGGCCGACCGCGCGAGCUCGACUCUUUGACAGCCGACCCGGUGGUCAACGACCGGAUCCUGCGCGAGAAGGCCAUGGCGUUCGACAACGGCCUUAACAUGCCCGAGCGCAUGAUGGGUAUCCGCUCGCUGAGAAAGUGGCUCGGCACGAGAGUCAAGGGCCACGUAUUGGAGGUUGCCGUGGGGACGGGCAGGAAUCUGCAGUUUUAUAAUUGGAGCGAGGUUGUCAGGGGCCCCCUCGGUGCGGACGGAAGGGAGUUGUCGGAGGAGGAGAGGAUGGAGGAGGAAAGAAGGGCGAAGGAGAGGGUUAGGAGUGUGCUGGAUAAGGGCGGGAAGGAUGGAGACAAGAGGGAGAAGGAUUGGGUGGAGAAGAUGAAGUUGCCUGGAUCGCUGGAGGGCGAGAUCUUGACGUUCACGGGAGUGGAUAUUAGCGAGGGUAUGAUGGGUGUUGCGAGGACGAGGCUUAGAGAGAAUGUGCUGGACAGGGAUGGGCGGAAGGUUGUGCCCAAGGCGGCCGCGUUUUUGGCAUCGAAGGAAAGCGGAAUUGGUGAGGGUAAGAGAGGUGAAGAGCAGGAGGUGCUUGUUUCGGCGCUGGAGGAUAGGAUUAGGCUGGUGAGGGCAGAUGCCGAGGCUAAGUUGCCUGAGGCGCCUGCUUAUCCUGCGAGGUCACCUGGGGAGAAGGAUGAGGAGAGGAAGAAGUAUGAUACUGUCGUUCAGACCUUCGGCCUCUGCUCGGUUUCUGACCCGCUUGCUUUGUUGAAAAACAUGGCGGGUGUGGUCAAGCCGGAUACGGGUCGGAUCAUCUUGCUGGAGCACGGAAAGGGUUGGUCGGAUUGGAUCAACGAGAAGCUGGAUGCUUGGGCACCUCAGCACUUCAGUCGGUAUGGGUGCUGGUGGAACAGGGAUAUUGAGAAGUUGGUCAAGGAGGCGGAGCAGAAGGUGCCGGGAUUGGAGGUGGUGAAGAUUGAGAGACCUGGGUGGUUCCAGGCCGGCACUACGGUGUUGGUGCAGUUGAAGGUCAAGAGCCAAUGGAACUAA